CUAACUAAAUAGAACAAAGAGUCAAUGAUUUGAAAAGUUUGAAAGCCAUUGAGAUGGAUGCAACACGAACCGAUCAAUAAACCRAGUACAAACUGUUUAGGAAAGCUGGAGCAAUCCGGUUCCAUUGUUGAUAGCAUAGAAAGUAUCRGCAAAUACAAGGGAAAGGACAGCCAUGAGCUUCAUGACAAUGUUCAGGGCAGGUCCAGAGGUAUCCUUGAACGGAUCCCCAACGGUAUCUCCGACGACAGCGGCCUUGUGGAUAUCAGAUCCCUUGCCCUUGAGCUCGGAGUCGGCAGAUUGCUUUUCGAUGUAUUUCUUGGCGUURUCCCAAGCACCUCCAGAGUUGGACAUGGAAAUGGCAAGCUGGAUCGAGGCGACCAAGGCUCCUACCAGAAGUCCAGAAACGGCGGUGACUCCGAACAAGAUACCCGUCACAAGCGGAGUGAAGAUGACCAUAGCACCAGGAGCAACCAUCUCCUUGAGGGAAGCCUGGGUGGAAAUAGCGAUACAGGCAUCGUAGUCGGGACGUUCGGAUGGGUUUUCGUCCAACAAGUGAGGCUUUUCGUCGAAUUGACGCUGGACUUCCAUAACCAUCUCCAUGGCAGCCAUACCGACAGACUUCAUGGUGAGAGCAGCAAAGGCAAAAGGAAUCAUUCCUCCAAUAAUCAAGAAAGAAAAGGUAACGGGUUCGAGCAUGUUGACACCGUCGGUGAACAGAGUUUGACCGGAAGAAUCUCGGAUGCGGGUAACAAAGGCUCCGAAAAGCGCAAGAGAAACCAACGCGGCAGAACCAAUUGCGAAUCCCUUUCCGAUGGCGGCAGUUGUAUUUCCGGCAGCGUCCAAAGCAUCGGUCUUUUCGCGAACACUUGGGUGAAGUUCGGCCAUUUCAGCAAUACCUGAAAUUUUUUUUCAAAAGAAAUACAGUCACAUGGUUUAG